AGUGAGGAAAGUGCUUCGGAUCCUAAAAGUUCUCUGAAAGAACCCCAUUUUUUCGCGAGUACCGUGAUGGAGUUCUGGAUAGCCUACAGACUUCUCAUGGACACUGUGUGCUACCUACGGGGUCUUUUCGUGUGAAAACUCUUGCAUACAUGUUCCCAGGGACCCUCAUGUGUCCACUCGAUUCCCUUUGACUGUGCUGGGGGUGCACGAGAGAGUGAGAAAAAAAUCGACAGCGCGAGGGGGAAACUUUCUCAGAGGAGCUUUUUGCCUGAAAUUUUUGGUCGUGCGUGUGACGUUGCGUGUGUCGCAAACGGGAAGUUUUUCCGUACUUUUCCGGAACUUGGUGUGCUUUUCUUCUUCGUGUGUGGAAAGAGGACAAAAGUGCGAGUGUGUGUGUGUGGGAAAAAAAUCCUGGUAGUGUGGAAGGACUUCACAGACCAGCUAGGGCAAGUGAAGAGGACUCACAGUGAGACGAAAAAGUGAUGGAUAGGCCAACACGGUGGGGACUUCGAGGCAGCAGAAUUUUGGAUUUUAAUGCUAUGAUAUUGGGUAUAGUACUCAUCUGGACGAUUUUUCUGCUACGAACGAACAAUGCCACCCAACUGCACAUUGGCGGAAUCUUUCCGAUAGCCGGAAAGGGUGGCUGGCAGGGUGGGCAGGCCUGCAUGCCAGCUGCCAAAUUGGCCUUGGAUGACGUCAACAAUCAAACAGAUCUCCUACCAGGAUUCAAGCUCACACUCCACAGCAAUGACAGUGAGUGCGAGCCUGGACUUGGGGCGAGUGUCAUGUACAACCUCCUGUACAACAAACCACAGAAGUUGAUGCUGCUUGCUGGAUGCAGUACAGUGUGCACAACAGUGGCUGAGGCAGCAAAGAUGUGGAACCUCAUUGUGCUGUGCUAUGGGGCAUCGAGUCCUGCUCUAUCGGAUCGCAGUAGAUUCCCCACACUCUUCCGGACGCAUCCCUCGGCCACGGUGCACAAUCCCACGAGAAUUAAACUCAUGGAGAAGUUUGGAUGGUCCAAAAUUGCAAUUCUGCAGCAAGCAGAGGAAGUCUUUAUUUCGACUGUUGAGGACUUGGAGAAUCGAUGCAAGGAAGCGGGCAUCGAAAUUGUAACGAGACAAUCAUUUCUCUCAGACCCCACGGACGCCGUGCGGAACCUCCGGCGCCAGGACGCGAGGAUAAUCGUGGGGCUCUUCUAUGUCGUAGCAGCCAGGCGUGUGCUAUGCGAAAUGUACAAACAGCAGCUUUAUGGACGAGCUUAUGUAUGGUUUUUCAUUGGGUGGUAUGAGGACAAUUGGUACGAAGGUAAUUUGGAGAAUGAAAAUAUUUCUUGCACAAAGGAGCAAAUGAAACUCGCCGCUGAGGGACAUCUCACCACCGAGGCUCUAAUGUGGAAUCAAAAUAACAGGAAAACAAUUUCAGGAAUGACAUCUGAGGACUUCCGGAAACGACUCAAUGAGGCACUCAUCGCCGAGGGCUACGACAUCAGCCACAAGAGGUAUCCCGAGGGGUACCAGGAGGCUCCACUGGCGUACGAUGCCGUAUGGAGUGUCGCCCUGGCGUUCAACAAGACAAUGGAGAGGCUCAAAUGGCGCAAGAAAUCCCUCAAGGACUUCACCUACACCGAUAAGGAUAUUGCUGAUGAAAUUUAUGCUGCUAUGAAUUCUACGCAAUUCCUCGGUGUCUCGGGCCGCGUGGCUUUCAGCUCACAGGGUGAUCGUAUUGCUCUGACCCAAGUGGAGCAAAUGAUUGAUGGGCAGUAUGUUAAAUUGGGAUAUUACGACACCCAAGUCGAUAAUCUUACCUGGCUAAACAUGGAACAAUGGGCCGGCGGAAAGGUUCCUCAGGAUAGAACAAUUGUACGAAGGGUCCUGAGGACUGUGUCCCUGCCAUUGUUCGUGUGCAUGAGCACCAUCUCGAGUUGUGGCAUCCUUGUGGCGCUGGCACUAAUUGUGUUCAACAUCUGGAACCGCCAUCGAAGAGUGAUUCAGUCCUCACAUCCGGUUUGCAACACCAUCAUGCUUUUUGGCGUCAUAACGUGCCUGGUGUCUGUGAUCUUGCUGGGCAUUGAUGGGCGCUUCGUCGGCCCGGACGUAUAUCCUCAGGUUUGUCAAGCAAGAGCGUGGCUCCUGGCGGCAGGAUUCACUCUGGCUUAUGGAGCAAUGUUCAGCAAAGUCUGGCGUGUCCAUCGGUUCACCACAAAGACGAAAACAGACCCAAAGCAGAAGAAGGUGGAACCAUGGAAGCUCUAUACGAUGGUGUCUGGGUUACUCUCUGUGGAUCUCGUAAUUAUGCUCACAUGGCAAUUGUAUGAUCCUCUACAGAGGCGCCUUGAGACCUUCCCACUCGAGGAUCCCAUUUCCACAAAUGACGAUGUGAAAAUUCGUCCGGAACUCGAGCAUUGUGAAAGCGAGAAUAAUUCCAUCUGGCUCGGUGUCAUUUACGGCUUCAAGGGUCUCAUCCUCGUUUUCGGGUUAUUCCUGGCGUACGAGACGCGGUCCAUAAAAGUGAAGCAGAUCAAUGAUUCCCGGUACGUGGGGAUGAGUAUCUAUAACGUGGUGGUACUCUGCCUCAUCACAGCACCCGUGGCUAUGGUCAUUGCUUCGCAACAAGAUGCUUCCUUUGCAUUCGUGGCACUUGCCGUGAUCUUCUGCUGCUUCCUCAGUAUGCUGCUAAUUUUUGUGCCAAAGGUAAUCGAAGUGAUACGACAUCCAAAGGAUAAAGCAGAAUCCAAAUACAAUCCAGAUGCGGGGAUUUCCAAGGAGGACGAGGAACGCUACCAGAAGUUGCAGUCAGAGAACGAUGACCUACAGAAGCUGAUUGCUCAGAAGGAGGAAAAAAUCCGGAUACUCCGACAGAGACUAAGUGAACGUGAUAGCACGAAGGGACAAACUCAGGAUUCAGACACACAAGGAAGUGUCCCCACGACGGCCGCAAUAACACAAGGUAAGGACACCCUGGUUGUCAUCCAGCCCGAUCCGACGACAAGUUCGGACUUUGAUAGUGCCAUCGGCGGUGGUUUUUCCACCCAAACCCGCUCCUCACGUGCUAGCCAGUCUGACAUGGACUUCUCGGAGAGUUAUCUGUAAGACGAGAGC